AUGAAAUUCAGCUACGUGACCUUUAUGCCGAACAAACAAUCGAAGGGAAAACGUCCUAAACCACUCACCAUGGUCUCUUAUUUUACAGACACUGCAAGAAACUCACUAUCAGAUCCAUUUGAUGGUUCCAUGGACUUGUCGUUUCAUUUCAAUGUUGAAACUGAAAUACCCUCUUCGCGUCGACAUGUACCACCACCAGUGCACAUUUCAAUGAAUCCUCUUCAUCCUCCAUCGCCUCAACCAAAACAGACCUCAAAACCUUUUCGUAGUGAACCAAAACCUAUCCUAUCGCCAUCAUCAGUACCUGUGUUGGAAAGUAAUGACCAUGGAAAAAUACAAACCGUCUUGUGUCGAUCUCGUCAAUAUCGAAAACCUAGUAAUGAUGCUCGUACAAAGGAUUUUUGUUUUCGAGAAGGAGUGUCAAUGAGUUCAAAAAUCAGCAAGCCUCAACGUUGGACUGGAAACACACAGAUCGAAACUACAACAACCAUUGCAUCGCCUCAAACGUAUGAUGAACGCCUCAUGACAGCGCCAGCUUCUUUAAAAGCCAAUGGUUGUCCAAUAGUAGUUUCAAACACCUCAUGCAGAGAUUUUUCAGAGGCUGAAACGACGGUUUCGAGUUCAAUGCCAAGAAAAGUGAGAACCUCCAUAUCCAUAUGCGAGUUGUUGAAUCCUGAAGUUGAAAGAUUAUAUUAA